ACAGUUGUGACAAUUGUAACAGUUGUGUCUCCUGCGCAGUUCAGCGACAAUAGUCUCCCAUCCAGGACAGCCGACGGUUGUCAAGAUGCUGUCCAAAGCACUCGCCGUGUUCGCAGCUCUUUCUCUGGCCGCGGGGAAGCAAAUUGGCGACGUGGUCCGCCCCUGCGUGCUGAGCGACCACCACUGCAUCCGCGACAACUUGAAGGCGAACUCGCACUGCCAGCCCAGGGUCCGGGGUUCGCUUCCCGGCAAGUACACCGUCGGCAACUGGCGGUUCGAGACGCCCUACUUCAACGCGUCCUACAUCGAUCAGGGGCUGGUUAUCAGGAACCAUAAUAAAUGCUAUGUGUCGGAGUUCUUCUUCAACAAGAAGACAGACGUAGCCGUCAUUGCCGUCGACUGCCCCUUCCUCGACUUUGAGUCCGACCGUCUUCUUCUGCAGCACUACUCGUUAAAAGAGGACACCACCUACAGCUACCACAUCAGGGGCACCUACCCUCUGAUCCGCCUGACGAUGAACGUGCCGAAAGCCAACCGCCUGAACAUCUGCAACGGGUUCACCUUUGCCGACGUCACUGCUCUGCCAGUCUUCCACAUCGACCCUAAAGACAAGAAAACAGCGGAGUUCCUGACCCCGGACCUGUCCUACCUGAACAUCUUCGAGCGAGAAACUUUCUUCUACCGCGCCAACUAUCUGAUCCGGGCUUACAUCAACUCCUACAUCUGCGACUUCGGAUGCAACUAUUAA